AUGGAUAAUUGUUCAGAUCAAACUUCUAAUUCUAAUCACUUAUCAUUUCAUUGUUCCAGUGGUGAAUUACUAUGGGGUCAAUUACAUUGUAUCUGUGAAGGUUAUUUCAAUGGCCGCCUUAAUCGAUAUGAUACUCCUCAGUCUAUACCUGAACUAGAGGGAGGAGGGACAAUAAAGCAACGUUAUUUUAAUUAUCGAUGUCGAGCUGCUAAAGGUGAUUGGCAAGCUAAAUCAUAUCAAACUCGAGAUACUUUAGAAGCUGAACCAUUUAAAUCAGGCUAUAUUAUAUAUAAUAUUCAUCAUAAUCCAGUUGAAAUAUUACGACGAUGUGCUACUGUUGGUUUUUCUCUUUAUCAAACACAUAGUGAUCGUAGUAUUGUAUACGUUAAUCGAUAUGAUUGGUCGCAUCAUUAUGAUUAUGAUUUCGAACAUAAGAUUGAUAAAUUAUUGGGAAUUGAUAGAAACAAACCGGAUCAUGACUUUUUUUGGGACAGUUCAUUUCAUGGUCGUAUUAUGAUUAUUGACUCGGAUUCUGCUAUGAAUAUUAUUAAACAAUGGAAAUUCAAUACUACUGAACUUGAACAACCUCAAGAGAAAGUAUUUAUUGACACUCGUAAUGAAUCGAACAAUCGAGUUGGAUUACAUUUAAGAACUCCCAAACCUGACUAUGAAUUAGCAUGGUUAGUAUUUAGUAGUGAUCAGCCUGAUUCAGAAUUAAUUGCAAUAGUUUAUGACGGAAGUUAUACUUCACUGGACGGUCAAAUUAUACUCGAUGAAGAAGAUGUAGUCAGUUGGCAUGAAUAUGAAUUAAAAGAACAAGAACUAGCUCGUCGGAACGCUGAUUUAUUGAAGCAAAUGCAGUCUGCUGGUAGAUAUCGACACAAUUAA